UGUGCAAUGGGUCGUACAAUGGGCCGGGGAGAUUCAGCCCAAACAACUCGUCUUCUCUUAAUUUUCCUUCUUGUCAAUAUUUCUCCCUUUAUAUCUGGAUCUAACGUUCAAGGCGAUUGCUCGAAAGAUGGUUCAUGCGAAGAAAAACAUGGUAAAGAAAAGUACAUCGCGAAAGAAUCAUGGAAAAAAUAUCUUCACAAAAUAGAUAAGGCUACUGCCAACUACCAAGACUGUUCAAACAAAAAAUGUGCGUGCUAUAGUGAUGUAAUAGAUGAUGACUUAAGAAUAUGGAAAGAGAGAGGAGGGAUAAAGAAAAGUGACUUUGAUAAUACUGAUGGCCGUGGAGUCCACUAUCAAAUCAUUAAUCAUAAACUGUACAGAGAGAAUAACUGUAUGUUUCCAUUCAGAUGUAAAGGAGUAGAGCAUUUUAUCCUAGAGAUAAUUGACAAGUUACCAGACAUGGAAAUGAGGAUCAACGUCAGAGACUAUCCACAGAUUCCCAAGUGGUCAAACCCUCUGCCUGUUUUCUCAUUCAGUAAGACAGGUAAUGAGUAUGACAUCAUGUACCCAGCGUGGACAUUCUGGGAAGGGGGGCCAGCAGUGUGGCCAAUUUACCCCACAGGACUGGGGAGAUGGGAUCUGAUGAGGGAUGAGAUUGAAAAAAAAGCUAAGGAAUGGCCGUGGAAGAAAAAACAGACCAAGGCAUUUUUCAGGGGAUCUAGGUUAGUUUAUUAUGUUGGAUUCAAGCAAGCAUUCAUUUUUCACCCGUUGUGUUGCAGAUACCUGUUCAACUUCCGUGGAGUAGCAGCCAGUUUUAGAUUCAAACAUCUAUUCCUGUGCAAAUCAUUGGUGUUUCACGUCGGAGAUGAGUGGCUUGAGUUUUUCUAUCGAGCACUUAAGCCAUGGGUUCACUAUAUACCAGUUGAAACUGAUCUUAAGAACGUUAGGAAAGCAGUGGCAGAAAGAGGCUACCAAUUUAUUAAAGAUCACCUUCGAAUGCAGGAUAUACGGUGUUACUGGAAGAAGCUGCUGAAGAACUACGCUAAACUAAUGCAGUGGAAACCGAAAAGAAACUCUGCAUUCCAAGAAAUAAAACCCUAGGCAUUACAAAUGCAUAUGGAAACUUUUAGGAUAUAGAGUACUUUCUUUCCAUUGUCCUAAGAAGUGUUUUCUGAACGCUGAUUGGUUUAUGAAACUCGUGUAACGCGCACCGACCAAUCAUAGUUUAGGUAAUAUCUUUUCAGCCAAUCAGAAUCAAAUCCAAUCAAUCGCCCUUGGCGUUUGCGAUUUUUCCCGCGCUAAACGCUGGCUACACAUUUUUCUUCGUCACUUCCUCAAAAGCGUUCUCUGAGCGCUGAUUAGUGUAUGAAAUCCGUGUAACGUGUGCACUGACCAUUCAGAGUAAAGGUGAUGUAUUUGCAGCCAAUCAAAUUCAAGUCCAAUCAAUCGGCGCGCUUUGGCGUACGUGAUUUUUCCCGCGCUUAAAUGCCAGCUACAUAUUUUUCUUCGUCACUUCUGAUUACUCUGUUACGAAUUCCUACAUUAGUUAGUAUUUUUGUAAUUGCACUAUUUAUUGAAAGAGGGCCAUAUUUAAGUGCUGCUGAUGCAAAUGUCACUGAGCCACUAAAACGAUACACAUUGUAUUUCAGUAUUAAAAAAUAUAUUAAAUGCU